GCCUGCCUACCUUCCCUCCCUCCCUCCCUCCCUCCUUGGCUCAACAGCAUGGCCGCCCCGGCUCGCUCGGGCAGGGCCGCCUCGUCGUCGUGCUCCUCCUCGUCCUCCUCCUCGUCCUCGUCCACGUCGUCCUCGUCUUGCGUGGCGGGGAUGCCUGCGGGGGGCUCUCCCUCGCCUUGCUCGCACGCCAACGCCAACGCCCCCUCCUCUUCGUCCCCGCCGUCGGCUUCGGAGCUGGACUUCCGCUCGGGGGCGCGCCUCCCGGACCUGACCCGCCUGAUCCAGGAGCUGGCCCGGCACGAGAGCCGAGACUUCGGGGACCAGCGCGCCCUCGAGAUCCACACCGCCAAGGACUUCGUCUUCUCCAUGCUGGGCAUGGUGCAGAAGCUUGACCAAAAGCUACCAGUGGCCAAUGAGUACCUGCUGCUCUCGGGGGGCGUCCGUGAGGGGGUGGUGGACCUGGACCUGGAUGAGCUGAGCAUCUAUGCACGCGGCACUGACUAUGACAUGGACUUCACGCUCCUGGUGCCAGCCCUGAAGCUCCACGACCGGAACCAGCCAGUCACCCUGGACAUGCGCCACUCGGCCCUGUGCCACUCCUGGUUGAGCCUGCGCCUCUUUGACGAGGGCACCAUCAGCAAGUGGAAGGACUGCUGCACCAUCGUGGACCACAUCAAUGGGGCCACCAACUACUUCUUCUCCCCGACCAAAGUGGCUGAGUGGUUCUACGACUCCAUCAGCAUUGUCCUCUCAGAGAUCCAGAAGAAGCCCCAGCGAGGCAUGCCCAAGGUGGAGAAGGUGGAGAAGAACGGGACCAUCAUCUCCAUCAUCCUGGGGGUGGGCAGCAGCCGCAUGCUCUACGACAUCGUACCUGUGGUCUCCUUCAAGGGUUGGCCGGCCGUGGCCCAGAGCUGGCUGAUGGAGAACCACUUCUGGGAUGGGAAGAUCACUGAGGAGGAGGUCAUCAGCGGCUUCUACCUGGUGCCGGCCUGUUCCCACAAGGGCCGGAAGGACAACGAGUGGCGCCUCUCCUUCGCCCGCAGCGAGGUCCAGCUGAAGAAGUGCAUCUCCGCCAGCCUCAUGCAGGCUUACCAGGCAUGCAAGGCCAUCAUCAUCAAGCUGCUCUCGCGGCCCAAGGCCAUCAGCCCUUACCACCUGCGCAGCAUGAUGCUCUGGGCCUGCGACCGGCUGCCGGCCAACUACCUGGCGCAGGAGGACUAUGCUGCCCACUUCCUCCUGGGUCUCAUUGACGACCUGCAACACUGCUUGGUCAACAAGAUGUGCCCCAACUACUUCAUCCCGCAGUGCAACAUGCUGGAGCACCUCUCUGAGGAGACGGUCAUGCUCCAUGCCCGCAAGCUCUCCUCAGUCCGCUCGGACCCGGCCGAGCACCUCCAAACCGCCAUUGAGCACGUCAAGGCUGCCAACCGGCUGACUCUGGAGCUACAGCGCCGAGGUAGCGCUGGGGGCAUCCCCUCCCCACAGUCGGACGGAGGCGACGGAAGUGGGCAGCCCGACGACCGCCUGGCCAAAAAGCUCCAGCAGCUGGUGACGGAAAACCCCGGGAAGUCCAUCUCCGUCUUCAUCAACCCUGACGACGUCACUCGGCCCCACUUCAGGAUCGACGACAAGUUCUUCUGACCCCGGACCCCUUUUCGGACUCGGACAACGGUUCCCUUUCCUUCCGGGCAUCUCCCCUCUUUUUCUCUCUUCUUCCCCCUUCUCUCGCUCUUUCCUCUUUUGGAAAUCACACACAUAUCCCGUUUGGAAUGGAUUUGCUGAAAACAGCACACUACCAGUGAGAAGGUUCUCUGGGACGGAGCAGGAUCGGAUCCUUUUGCUCGCUGACCCCUUCUCCCCCCGUUUGGAUCUGUGUGCAUUGUGUAAUUGGGGCGGGGAAUUGUCCAGAAGAGCACAAUGGAUCACCCCCUUGAUCCAGAUUUGUAUUACAUUUGCCCCCGGUGCCUUCCAACUUCCAGGGUGGGGCAAUUUCUCCAAGGUUUUUUAAAGCAGGGGAGACCUUUUUUUGCAAGCAGUAAGUGACCCAGAAGUCAAUGUCUCUCCAAGUCCUUUGUGGGCAAAGAAGUCCAUUUUGGAAAAGGGGGGGGGGAUUUGGGGUUCUUCCAUCCUUGUUAUACAAGAGAUUCAAACCCCCCUCUCUCGCUCGCACACGGAAGUGCACAAACAUCCACUUCCUUUGCCAGACUUCAUUUGUUUAUGAUCCAAAUGUUUUCUCCCUCCCUUUCUUCACAUCUCCUUUUCUGCUCUGUGUUUUGCUGAGCUGCUUCCCAGGUUUCCCUUCGGCCCCAAACGCCGAUCCGGCACCCGGAAGGACCAAUUGGACUGCCUCCACUUUGCAAUGCAAGAGACCUCUUUCCAGAUUUUGGAAGCGUUUCUCCUCCAAAACCCCUUCCUUCCUUCCUUCCUUCCUUCCUUCCUUCCUUCCUUCCUUCCUUCCUUCCUUCCUUCCUUCCUU